UACGAUUUAGUUUUGUUUAUGCCCCGCUAGCGGUCACUUCUCUUCGGCUCGAUCUCGCUAGUGUUCAACUAAUUUAGUUAGUAUAGUAUAAAAAUAGAAAAGUUUCCCAAACACAUUGCGUAUAUAUUUUCCGACACGGCGUGUGUCGGAAUUAGUUGGGAUUUAGAUUGUAUUAUUCACCGCGGACAGAUCGCCAACUAAAAUGACAUCGAAUUCUGAGGGUCGAGGCAACCCCAACGAGCCACAUGAACAGGAGCCCAUGGACGUGCGCAUCGACAUGCCGUGGGGGUAUGUGGUGGGCAGGUGGUACGGCAAUCGGCAGGUACGACCCAUCCUGGCGCUGCACGGCUGGCUGGACAACCUGGGCACGUGGGACAAAUUGCUGCCCCUGCUGCCAAAGCACCUGGGAGUGCUGUGCAUCGACCUGCCCGGCCACGGAUACUCCUCGAAGCUGCCCGAGGGGAUCGCCUACCACUUCGUGGACUACCUGUGCGUGAUCCUGCGCGUAAUGGAGGAGUACGGCUGGCAGAAGGUGUCCCUGAUGGCCCACUCGAUGAGCGCCAUGCUGUGCUUCGUAUUCGCCUCGCUGUACCCACAUCGCACCGACAUGCUGGUCAGCAUAGACAUAGUGAAGACCCGCUAUAGGAAGCCCGCCUCGCAGAUCGACUACCUGCGCACCAACAUCGAGGGCUACAUGGUGGAGGACGAGCGAUUCGCUAAUGCCAAGCGCCAGGAGCCGCCGGCCUACACCUACACAGAGCUGGAGCAGGUCCUGCACAAGGGCUCCGAAUACUCGGUGGAGCUGCAGAACUGCCGCCACAUCCUGGAGCGCAACAUCAGCCGUUCCACCAAGUUCCCGGCCAAGUUCUUCUUCUCGCGCGACGGCCGCUGCAAGUACUACACGGAGUUCCACACGAGUCCACCUUUCGCGGCUGAGCUGGCCAGGACCAUCAAGAAUGUGCCCUACUGCGUCAUCAAGGGCUCCGAGUCGAACUUCAUAGAUGAGCAGAGCGACGAGGUGAUUGCCAUUCUCAGGGAGAACAACCCGCACUUCGAGCUCCACGAAGUGCAGGGCACCCACCACGUUCACCUCAACAAUGCACAGGGAGUGGCGGCCGUCAUCAAUCCCUUCAUCCUGCACCACCGCCCACCGCAACUGGAGAACUGGACGGUGGACGCGGCGGAUGAGGCGCUGCCCGAGGUCGUCAAGGAAUUCAAGUUGGCCGUGGAGGACUCAGAGAAUGUCAAGCGGAGGAAGAGAAAAAGCAACCUAUAGCUGCUGCCAGCAUCUUUGAGAUUCAGUCAGCGGCGCGAAGCGAAAAUUUCCGAUGCGAAACAAGAUAUUGAUUUCAUUAUGCCCAUGUGAUGCUUUCUUCAAGCCUGAAGAGUAAUAAUUUAGACAAUUUUAUACGAUGUUCAAGAUCCCAACAAGUUGGAUUAUUGCCAAAUGAAACUUUGCUUGUACUUGCCUAAGCAAUAAAAAAUAUUUGAUUUAAUUAAAAACAACUCUCGAGCUAGCUAGUAACUGAUACUUUGGAUGUUGUUUAAAU